AUGCCCGAGCAGGGAGAAACGAGGCCGGAGAUCAAGACUCUCUCCACCAGGCCGCGAGAUCUGACCGACGUCUCCCGCGCGGUACUGCGCAGCGAGCAGGCGAAACGAUGGACCAAGAAGUACAGGACCGAGGUUGCUGCGAGCUCUAGCAGCUUGCUCUCUACAAUUGCCGCAUAUCCUCUGGACUCCGUAAAGACACGACUUCAAGCCUACAAGUUCAAUUCAUUCUCCGACUGUGUUCGCCAAACAUACGCGAGUGAAGGAGUCCACGGUUUCUGGCGUGGCGUGUGGUCACCUCUCCUCAGCAUUACACUCGUCCGAACCGUGUCCUUCUCCAUAUACCAGCGGUCAAAAUAUGCGCUCGAUGACUGGAUACACCAAUAUACCGGGAGCUCGCCGCUCGCCAUCGCAAACACACGAGGUGCAUGGCCUACACUAUCGACUAUCACAUGUUUUGGACUUGCAGGCGCGACAGCAGGUGCUACGAUAACAGCGAUCGCCUGCCCUUUCGAGCUGACCAAGCUGAGCGCUCAAAUUUCCGUGUUGAUGGCUGACCGCAAGGACGGCGGCGGCAAGGAUGACGCGGUGCGAAAGAGCUACCAGAAUCUCGGGACGUACAAGACUGCGCAGAACCUUAUUAGGCAUAGGGGCUGGCGAGGGUUAUACUCUGGGUUCCAUCUGCAUCUGCUUCGAGAUUCCAUCGGCACCGGAAUCUAUUUCGUUACAUAUGAGAGUAUGAAGCAGGUUUUGGCAAAUGCAAGUGGAACUUCAACUACACAUCCUCUGGCUGUAGUCGUAGCUGGUGGCAUGUGUGGGCUUGUCAGUUGGGCAUGUAUAUUCCCCAUCGACACCGCAAAGAGUAUCUACCAGCGAAACUGCCUCGUCGGAGGCAAAGAUAAGCAAACGAGGCCAAAAAUUCAGUUCUUGAACCCUCGGAUGUAUCGAGGUCUUGGCGUGUCUAUGUCCCGCUCCUGCGUAGUCAACGCCAUUUUCUUCACCGCAUUUGAGUUCACCAAGAAGCGCAUCAACGGUAUGACAUUCGACGAAGACCUUCUGCGUGAACACGAACGAAAGGAAGGGUUAUAA